AUGUGGGAGAUUCCAGGACCGUCGGUUGAUGAGAUGAACGCACGCGUUGCCAGCACGAAGCUGUCGGAUGGAUCCGUGUACAAGCAAGCUUCGGUGUAUUAUGCCUUCUCGAAGGAGAAGUCCCAGUGGUGCAAUGAUUUGGGCGUCGGAAACUACGACGCAAACGCGAUCAUGUACGAGCACGACCAAUACUGGAACAAGACCGUCGCAAUUCCCAGUCACGCCAGCGUGCUACUAUUGAGCAGUAAAAUGGACGCCAAGACGCCCCACAAAUACGCCGAGUAUCUGUUGGAUGCGCUUGAAGGGGACAACAAGGAAUUGGUCACGUUUAACUACACCGUGCACGGAUCGGUUGUCUGGACAUUCCUCGUUGACAAUGACUACUCGAGUAAAACGUGCGGCAUGGAGAUCUUCGAGUCAUUCAUCAAUAAUGCAGGAGACUUGAAGCGACUGGAAAAGUCUUGUCUGGAGAAGAUGCCGCCGCUCAAUUUGACACCGCCAACCUACGAGCAGUACACUUUCUUGGGUACGGCGGACGCCUACGAAGGUGGCUACAAUUCCAGCUUGCGUCACAUGUACAAGUGA